UACAGUGGAGUAAUUUAGACACGGUUUGCGAUCGGUUCCACCGAGUCCUAAAAAAGAACCAUCUAAAACGAUUCACUGGCGAGUCGGACAUCUCUGCAGGACACAGGGAGCUACUGCUCAAAUCCCCUCUAACGCAAAAUGAAUUAAUAACGUGUGUCCUGCACUAGAGAAAUGUUGCUACAGUAAACAAAACGGACACAGGUAGUUACGGGCGACGGUGUACAGCGGAGUGAAGAGUCCUGUUACAACAAACAUUAUUUAUACAAAUGAAAGAUGGCGAACGACUCUCCAGCGAAAAGUCUAGUAGACAUAGACCUUUCUUCACUACGGGACCCAGCCGGGAUUUUUGAACUGGUCGAAGUGGUUGGAAAUGGCACAUAUGGUCAAGUGUACAAGGGUCGACAUGUCAAAACAGGACAGCUGGCAGCAAUCAAAGUCAUGGAUGUCACAGAGGACGAGGAAGAGGAGAUUAAACUUGAGAUUAACAUGCUGAAGAAAUACUCCCACCACAGAAACAUUGCCACAUACUAUGGUGCUUUUAUCAAGAAGAGUCCUCCUGGACAUGAUGACCAGCUAUGGUUGGUCAUGGAGUUUUGUGGUGCUGGCUCUAUAACAGACCUUGUUAAGAACACCAAAGGCAACAGUUUGAAAGAAGACUGGAUUGCAUACAUCUCCAGAGAGAUUCUGAGAGGUCUGGCCCAUUUGCAUGCCCACCAUGUCAUCCAUCGUGACAUCAAGGGUCAGAAUGUGCUGUUAACAGAGAAUGCAGAGGUGAAACUGGUUGACUUUGGUGUGAGCGCUCAGUUGGACAGGACAGUUGGCAGGAGAAACACUUUCAUUGGCACUCCUUAUUGGAUGGCGCCAGAGGUCAUUGCCUGUGAUGAGAACCCAGAAGCGACAUAUGACUAUAGAAGUGACCUGUGGUCAUGUGGUAUCACUGCUAUAGAAAUGGGUGAAGGAGCUCCUCCUCUGUGUGACAUGCAUCCAAUGCGUGCCCUUUUCCUCAUUCCCAGAAAUCCUCCUCCACGGCUCAAAUCAAAGAAGUGGUCCAAGAAAUUCUUCAGCUUCAUUGAAACCUGCCUGGUGAAGAAUUACAACCAUCGCCCCUCUACAGAGCAACUGUUGAAACAUCCUUUCAUUAGAGACCAACCUAACGAGAGACAUGUCCGCAUCCAGCUCAAAGACCACAUUGACCGCACUCGUAAGAAGAGAGGAGAGAGAGAUGAGACUGAAUAUGAGUACAGUGGAAGUGAAGAAGAGGGAGAAGAGGCACAAGAGCAGGAAGGAGAGCCCAGUUCUAUAGUGAAUGUGCCUGGUGAAUCUACUCUGCGACGUGACUUCAUUCGGCUGCAGCAGGAGAAUAAAGAGCGUUCAGAGGCACUGAGGAGACAACAGCUCCUCCAGGAACAGCAACUCAGAGAACAAGAGGAAUAUAAGCGCCAGUUAUUGGCUGAGAGACAGAAACGCAUUGAACAGCAGAAGGAGCAAAGACGACGACUUGAGGAGCAACAACGACGGGAGCGUGAGAUGAGACGGCAGCAGGAGCGGGAGCAGAGACGCAGGGAACAGGAGGACAAGAGACACAAAGAGGAAAUGGAACUUAAACGUAAAGAGGAAGAAGAGCGCAGGAGAGCCGAGGAGGAAAAGAGAAGGAUUGAUCUUGAACAGCAGUUUAUCCACCGGCAGCUCGAGGAGGAGCAAAGACAUCUUGAAAUCCUUCAGCAACAGCUGCUGCAGGAGCAGGCCAAACUUCUGCAACAACGACGGGAGCGUGAGAUGAGACGGCAGCAGGAGCGGGAGCAGAGACGCAGGGAACAGGAGGACAAGAGACACAAAGAGGAAAUGGAACUUAAACGUAAAGAGGAAGAAGAGCGCAGGAGAGCCGAGGAGGAAAAGAGAAGGAUUGAUCUUGAACAGCAGUUUAUCCACCGGCAGCUCGAGGAGGAGCAAAGACAUCUUGAAAUCCUUCAGCAACAGCUGCUGCAGGAGCAGGCCAAACUUCUGGCUGAUGAGAGGUAUCGUAAGAAUCUUCAGGGCACCUCUCAUGCUGCUCCACCCAAGCAGUCUCCUUUGCCACAAGGAUCUGAACGGUACUCCAAUGGAAAUUCCACUGAGUCCUCAGGCAUGCACAGGCCUAUGGAACCACAAGUCCAGUGGUCUCACUUAGCUGCUCUAAAGAGCAACUCAUCUGCACCCCCUGUGUCUCACUCCCAGUCCUUCAGUGAUCCUGUUCCUAGUUUUGCACAGCUUCAUCUUCGCUCUCAGGACUCCUCUCACCAGCACCACCCAGUGCACCCUUCAUACCCUGACCACUCUCAACGUCUUUCUCAAUCCAGGGGCGACGAGGCCCCUGAGCAGACCCUUGAUGAAGAGGUGCCCCCGAGGGUGCCAGUAAGAACAGUGUCCAGAUCUCCUGUGUUGUCCCGUCGAGAUUCUCCACUACAAACUGGGCUGCAUAACAACCAAGCUGGACAGAGGAAUGCUGGAAUUAACAUGGAGCCACGGCUGUUGUGGGAGCGGGUUGAACAGCUCUCAUCUAGACCAGGUAGUGGGAGUUCGUCUGGCUCCAGUAACUCCAGCUCUCAGACUGGAUCACAGGCCAGCUCAGGGGAGAAGUUCAGGGUCCGUUCCUCUUCAAAGUCUGAGGGCUCACCAAUGCAGCUGCCAGAGAUUGCUGGGAAGAAGUCAGAAAAGAAGAAAGACUUUGUAAGACCAACUAGACAUGCUGAUCUCACUGCUCUGGCCAAGGAGCUGCGUGCAGUGGAAGAUGUGCGACCUCAUAAUAAGGUGACAGAUUACUCCUCAUCGAGUGAAGAUUCAGAUGUAGAUGAUGACGUGGUGGAGCAGGAGCAGGGUGAUGAAUCCACUUCAGGAGCAGAGAACUCAAGGACAUGCUCAUCAAAGUUGAAUAAUGGUGAAACCGAGUCAGUGAAAACCAUGCUUGUUCAUGAUGAAUCUGAGAGUGAUCCAGCCUCCACCACACCUAGCAAAGAUGUAACUUCAAUCGUUAGACAGACACAGUCUGCCAGCAACACACUUCAAAAACACAAGUCUUCUUCCUCUUUUACCCCAUUUAUCGACCCACGUCUUCUACAGAUUUCCCCUUCCAGUGGCAGUUCCCUCAACAACAUGGCAGGCUUUAGUAAUGAAGGACGUCUGCUGGACCCAUCUCGUAAGGGCUCUGUGGUGAAUGUAAACCCAGUAAACACUCGCCCACAGAGUGACACACCAGAAAUCCGCAAAUACAAAAAGAGGUUCAACUCGGAGAUUCUGUGUGCUGCACUUUGGGGAGUAAAUCUGUUGGUAGGAACUGAAAGUGGCCUCAUGCUUCUUGAUCGAAGUGGGCAGGGGAAAGUUUAUCCACUUAUUAACAGACGCCGUUUUCAACAAAUGGAUGUUCUUGAAGGCCUUAAUAUUCUAGUGACAAUAUCAGGAAAGAAGAACAAACUGCGAGUUUAUUAUCUGUCAUGGCUGAGGAACAGGAUUCUGCAUAAUGACCCUGAGGUGGAAAAGAAACAGGGUUGGACUACAGUGGGGGAGCUGGAGGGAUGUGUGCACUACAAAGUCGUUAAAUAUGAAAGAAUCAAGUUCUUGGUUAUUGCCUUGAAAAAUUUAGUGGAAGUGUAUGCUUGGGCACCAAAGCCAUACCACAAGUUUAUGGCCUUUAAGUCAUUUGGAGACCUGGUCCACAAGCCUCUCUUAGUUGAUCUGACUGUGGAAGAGGGUCAAAGAUUAAAGGUCAUCUAUGGCUCCUGCUCUGGUUUUCAUGCUGUAGAUGUGGAUUCAGGGGCAGUUUAUGACAUCUACCUUCCCACACAUAUUCAAACAAAUAUCCAAACCCACGCCAUCAUCAUCCUCCCAAACACACAAGGCAUUGAGCUGUUGGUGUGCUAUGAGGAUGAAGGCGUGUAUGUAAACACUUAUGGAAGGAUCACCAAAGACGUGGUGCUGCAGUGGGGUGAGAUGCCCACCUCUGUGGCUUACAUAAGAUCGAACCAGAUCAUGGGCUGGGGGGAGAAAGCUAUUGAGAUCCGUUCUGUGGAUACUGGUCACCUGGAUGGCGUGUUCAUGCACAAGAGGUCACAACGGUUGAAGUUUCUCUGUGAAAGAAAUGACAAGGUGUUCUUUGCCUCUGUGCGCUCUGGAGGGGUGAGCCAAGUUUAUUUCAUGACCCUUGGAAGGAGCAACCUACUCAACUGGUGAUGAGGAUGCUUUCCUUUAAUGAAAGUACCAACAGACUGUCUCUCUGAACCCUGUGAACCCAGCAUGACAAACAUUAACGUUAAAUUGAAUUUCAAUUCAAGGGUACUUGUACCAUACUUGUGCUGUCAUAGACACUGGCACCGUUGUGGAGAAAACUCAGUCUUGAGUACGUAAACAUAAAAGACAUUCUGAAAGGGAGUAGGAGCUUAUGUAGUAGAGUGUUAUGCCAUCUGUUACAUCCACAGCUCUACUAUUGGUGAUCUGCUGUAUCUCAGUUUUUAUUGUAUAUUUUUUUUUGUGUGUGUGUGUGUGUGUUUGAAUCCCACACCUUUGAACAUUUAUUAUUAUUCAGGGCUUUGUUUGUUCAGUCUUUGUUAUAUCAAGGAAUUCAAGGGCUGAGAAUUAAUACUCAUGUAAGUCUAUGUAAGUGUAUUUCAAUGGACUGAUCAUCUGUGAUGAUAUCUCUUCUGUUGUCAUUUUUUUUCUUUCUGUGAAAUUGUCAAUUCCCCAAAGACCUGGGUCACACAGUAUCAUUGUGCUAGUGCCGGUUAAUAUAGGGAUGCAGUUUCUUUUUCUUCAUUUUUUUCUUUUAUAAUAUCAACUAUACAGUUCAUGAGUAUCUUUAUUUUAUAGGUAUUGCACGCGAUAAAUAAAUUCCAAAGUAUAUUCCCAUUGAUUUGCAGAAUGGAUUGUUUGAGUAAAGGAAUAUUUACAGACACUUAAAUGUUAAACUUGUAUUCUGUUACUCUGUUAACCACUUUCUUAGUCAACAAUUAAUUUUAUAUAUUAUCCACUAACUUUUUUCUGAAAUUAAUCACGAUUAAUCGUCUAAAGCGUCUAAAUAAAUGCAAUUCUUGUUUAAGGUGUGCCAAACCAAUCUGUGAUGCUUCUUGCAGACUUCUUGAAAUUACAGUUCCCUAAGCUUGACUAUAUAGUUCCUAUGACAUUUAAAAAUUUGCAUUUGUAUUUUUAACAGUUACUGUCAGACACAAAAUUCGAACUAAUAGCUGCUGGACAAACAGGAUUUUGAACUUUAUACCCCUGUCAAAGCUAUAACUGCUCUCCAUCUGAUCACAUUUUAUCUUGUCAUUCUGUACCAUAUUGGUUUGUUUGUUACAAUAAGGUAUUGCACUGCUUAUAUUAGAAUGUAUUUGCAUAUUACCAUGCAUCUUUGCAGCGGCGGUUCUAGCUUGUAUGGCGCCCUGGGUGAGUACUCCUAGGGAGUCUAGGAGUACUCCCUUCUGCCACUCCUAAAUGAAAUUAAUUUUUCAUAAA